UUAAAAUGUUGUUGUAAAAGUGCGCUUGAGUUCACCUGUUGGUGAGUUGGUGGGUCAGGACAAAAACAAAACCCCUUAAAAACAAAGGGACGAAAGGGGGAGUCGGUGGGACACACGGAGGGUGCCUCAGUUUUUAAGCAGUCUACAUUAUAACUCAGUGAGUGACUGUGUUAAACAAACUCAGUUCACCUUUUAGGUCAAGUUGAGGGGUUUCUUUUUUUAAGGUUUUAAAAGCACUAUUUGACUAAAAAAAACCAGUGGGGAAGCAGAAGAGGAAGGGGAGACCCAGAUCUGAAAACUCUGUUCUUUCUCUCUGUGUGUUGAGUUUAGUUUUUGUUUAUCACUGUCUUGUUCUAUCUCUAAGCACUCAACAAAGUCUUGUCCUUUUAAUCAGUGAGAGAGAGAUUUAUAGAUACAUAAAAGAGUAGAAUUAGAAAGAUACAUACAUACAUACUCUUUGAAAACUCAGAAAAAAAAAAAAAACUCAACCCUCUCUCACAAAUUGAACAUAUUAUAUGAUCUGACCAUUUCUCCAAAAUGCCACGCCCUUUCUUUCAUAAGCUUAUUCUCUCCUCUACUCUAAUGGACAAGAAACUGAGGAUCCCUGAUAACUUUGUUAAGAAAUUCAGGGAUGAACUUUCUGUUGCUGCUGCUCUCACCGUUCCUGAUGGUCAUGUUUGGCGUGUAGGAAUAAAGAAAGCUGACAACAAGAUUUGGUUUCAGGAGGGUUGGCAGGAAUUUGUAGAACGUUACUAUAUCCGUGUUGGCUACUUAUUGAUUUUCAGAUAUGAAGGAAAUUCCGGUUUCAGUGUUAGUAUAUUUAAUUUGUACAACUCUGAAAUAAACUAUCAGACUAAUGCUCUUGUUGGUACUCAAUACAACCAUGGAAAACUAUAUCCAUUUGAAGAACUUGAAGAUGAUGAAUGCAUCUCUCCAGCACUGCAGAAUUUGUUUGGUGCGCCUAAACUUAACAACUGCAUAAACUGGAGUGGUGAAGUCAACCUUCACACAUCAAAGGGUGUGAAUAAUCAACCUAUUCGAGUGAAAUUGCAUUCUUCAGGUGCAGAGCUACCAAAACCAAAAAAGCCUGGGAGGAAAAAGCGGAAGUUUGAUCCUAAUGAACAGGAUUCAUCUGCUGGACAUGAAGAUGAUGGGGAAAUGCGCUUUAGAUUUUAUGAAAGUGCUUCAGCCAGAAAGAGAACUGUGACAGCUGAAGAAAGAGAAAGGGCUAUUAAUGCUGCCAAAGCAUUUGAGCCGACCAACCCUUUUUGUAGGGUUGUCUUGCGACCUUCAUAUCUAUACAGGGGAUGUAUUAUGUACUUGCCAUCAUGCUUUGCUGAGAAGCAUCUAAGUGGGGUUUCAGGAUUCAUUAAACUUCAGCUUCCUGAUGGGAAACAGUGGCCUGUGCGAUGUCUUUAUAAAGGAGGCCGAGCUAAGUUCAGCCAGGGAUGGUAUGAAUUUACUUUGGAGAAUAAUAUAGGGGAAGGAGAUGUCUGUGUCUUUGAGCUGCUCAGAUCGAGGGAAUUUGUGCUAAAAGUUACUGUAUUCCGUGUAAUGGAAAGCACUGGACUAAUGCACCGGUCUCAAUAAAAUGCCAGCUGAGUGAAACCAGCUAUAGUAUAACGGCUGGUAAUUUCAGGAAUGUCAAAACUCUGUUAAGUAACUCUUCCUUUUCAGGUGACGUGUAACUGAUCUGGGUUCUUCAUAAGAAAUUUAGCUGCUGUGCCAUUUUGAUGUCCAUAAGCUUUAAUGGGACUUUUGAGCUGUUUUAGGAUACAAAAAUUUUGUGGCUUGACUAGGUCUGUAAAUAGAUUGUCCAAUGAAGUUGAUGUUGAACCGGAUUGGAAAAAUGGGUCUGAGACUUCAUUUUA